CUGCGCCGCCUCCUCCUCGCUGAUGCCGCCGGGCCCCCCCUCCCCUUCCUCUUUCUCCACCAUUUCUCUCUCUGCCGCCGCUGCCGUUCUCCUCACAGCGCUCGGGACUUUCCGCCACCCCUCGGUAUCUUCCGGUCCCCUUCGGUUCCCUCCGCUUCCCUUCGGAACUUUCCGUUACUCCUCCCGCGCGCUUCGGAAUUUUCCGUCACCCCCUCAGUAUCUUCCGGUACCAUUCGGCUCUCUUCGCUACCUCUCGGUACUUUCCGUCAACCUUCGCUAUCUCUCGGGACUUUCCGCUAUUCCUCGGCUCCUCCCGUCCCGCCCUUUAUUUUUCUCCGCCCCUACUUCGGUUCCGUUCGGCUUUCUCCGCCCCCCACCUCAGUGUCCUCCGCUCUUCCUUCAGUUUUCUCCGCCCCUACUUCGGCAUUCUCCGCCCUCCCUUCGUCUCUCUCCGCCCCGACUUCGUCAGUCCCCGCCCUCCCUUCGUGCUUUUCCGCCUCCGCUCGGCCCUUCCCACCCCCCCUCAGGGCGCCGCCGGCCGCCAUUUUGUGCGCGCGUCCCGCAAGGGGGGGGGGGCAACCACAGCGCCGUACAGUGACUGUUGCACCCCCCACACAACCCCCCUCCCCUCCCCCCCUCUUCUUCCCCCCCCCCCCUUCCAUAUCCGUGAAUUCACCCCCUCCAAUGGCCGUGGAGAACCCGAGUGUCCCCCCCGCCGCCGCCGCGUCCCCCCCCAGCCCGCACGCCGCCCCCCCACCUCCUGAGGGCGGGGGCUGCAGCCUCCCCCGGGCGCCGCCGCUCCACGUUCAGCACGGCCCGGACGAAAGGGAGGAUGGCGAGCUGGAGGAGGGCGAGCUGGAGGACGAUGGUGCUGAGGAGACCCCGGAGCCGCGGCCCACGCGGAGCCGUAGGGAGAAGGGCGAACGGCACGGCAGCGACUCGGAUGGAGAGCGGUCGCACCGGCGCGGCAAGCGCAAGCGGCGCAAGGAGCGUGAGAAGGAGAAGAGGAGAGCCAAGAAGAAGAGGAAAUCCAAGCACAAGCGACACGCCUCCUCCAGCGAUGAUUUCUCCGAUGACAGCGAUGACUCCGACUUCAGCCCCGGAGAGAAGGGGGGGCACCGCCGGUACCGGGACUACAGCCCCCCCUACGUCCCUCCCCACCAGCCCUACUCCUCCUCUCACAACGCCCCGAUGCAGAAGAAGCCAUACUCCAAGAUGGAACCCAAAGGCUACGGCUCCUACGAGGACUACGAGGCCGAAGAGUACGGCCGCUACGAGGGGGAGGAGGAUGAGGAUGGGCCGAAGGACGACUACGACGACUUCACCAAAGAGCUGAACCAGUACCGACGGGCGAAGGAGGGAUCACACCGGGGCCGAGGUGGCCGUGGCCGUGGCCGUGGGUUCCGGGGCCGUGGCCGGGGCUGCAUGCGGGGUGGCCGAGGAAUGGGAAGGGGUAAUCGUGGCCGGGGCCGAGGGGAUCACAUGGAGGAUGAGGAGGAGAUGUACGAGGAGGAGAUGGAGUACGGUGACCCCGAGGAUCCCGGCGGCCCCGAUGAUGACUACGAUGACUACAAGGAGCCUGGCCAGUACCGCCGCAACAAGGACGGCAGAGGACGUGGCUUAAAUCGGGGUCGGGGCCGCGGUCCCAGGGGCAGAGGGAACAAAGGGAUGGGCCGAGGCCGUGGCCGUGGUAGGAUGGCCAAGGGCAGCGCCAUGAACGACGACGACGAUUACUAUGAUGAGGACAUGGAUGGUGGAGGUGGGAAUUACCGCCGCGGGGACCACGACAAAUCCCACCCCCCUGCAGACAAGAAGGGCAAAGUCAUCUGCAAGUACUUCGUGGAGGGUCGCUGCACCUGGGGUGAGCACUGCAACUUCAGCCACGACAUUGAGCUGCCGAAAAAGAGAGAACUCUGCAAGUUCUACAUCACCGGGUACUGCGCACGGGCAGAGAACUGCCCCUACAUGCAUGGUGACUUCCCCUGCAAGCUCUUCCACACCACAGGCAACUGCAUCAAUGGUGAUGACUGCAUGUUCUCCCACGCACCGCUGACCGAGGAGACACGAGAGCUGCUGGACAAGAUGCUCCAGGACGAUGCGGAAGCGGGUGCUGAGGAUGAGAAAGAAGUGGAGGAGCUGAAGAAACAAGGCAUCAACCCGCUGCCCAAACCCCCCCCCGGCGUGGGGCUGCUCCCCACUCCCCCCAGACCCCCCGCUCCCCCCUCCCCCAAUGGCAGGGCCAUGCCUGGAGGUCCCCCCGUGCCCCCCAUGCCCCCUCCAGGGCCGCAGAUGCCACCCCCCAUGCACGAACCGCUGUCCCCCCAGCAGCAGGAGAUGUAUAAGAAGAUCCCAUCUCUCUUUGAGAUCGUGGUGCGGCCCACAGGGCAGCUGGCUGAGAAACUGGGGGUCAGGCACCCAGGGCCCCCUCCACCCCGCUUCCCUGGUCCUGGAGGACCCCCAGGCCCCAUGGGCGGCCCCAUGCACCCGGACAUGCACCCCGACAUGCACCCUGACAUGCAUCCUGAUAUGCACCCCGAUAUGCACCCCGAUAUGCACCCCGACAUGCAUCCUGAUAUGCAUCCCGACAUGCAUCCUGACAUGCACCCCGACAUGCACCCCGAUAUGCAUCCUGAUAUGCACCCCGACAUGCACCCUGACAUGCACCCCGACAUGCGUCGUGAUAUGCACCCCGACAUGCACCCCGACAUGCCCAUGGGGCCGGGCCCCCCCAUGAUGCCCUACAGCCCCGAGGGGUCCCCCCAUGGUGCCCUCCUGCCCCCCGGUGCUGCCCCCCCGCAGGGCUACUAUGAUGGAUUCUACGGACCCCCCCCGGAGGGGAUGGAGAUGGAGCACGGAGCCAUGGGGGGGCCGGACCCCUAUGCCCCAUACGAGGACAUGGAAGUACCCCCCCCAGGCGGCCGCCUGUACCCAGACCCCCCCCCAGAGCACGACCCCGAGGAUCCCCCCCCCGUCCCCGAAUUCCUCCCCUCUGCACAGCGUGCUCUGUUCCUCCGCAUCCGUCACAAGCAGCGCGAGGAAGAGGAGAGGGCACGAAGGCUGGCAGAGGGGGGGCGGCCCGAGCGGGACCCCGAGGAGGGUGACGCUGCCCUGUGGUACUCCAGCGACGAGGAUGAGGGCGGCAGCGUCUCGUCCAUCCUGCGCACCCUCAGGCAGCAGAGCGGCACUUUGGGGCCACCCCACCCCUCUAUGGGGCCGCCUCCCGGCUCUAUGGGGCCGCCCCACACCGCAGACCCCCGGCUGCAGAAAGCAGCAGCGUCGGGGGGUGGGGGGCGGCCGGCGGACCCCCGGCUGCGCGACCCCCGCUUGGCCCGGCACACCAAAACCGAGCCUCCUACCCCUAAAACGGAGCCGGAUUACCCCAAAACGGACCCCAAUUACCCCAAAACGGAGCCGGAUUAUCCCAAAACGGAAGCGGAUUAUCCCAAGGCGGACCCCCACAACCCCAAAACGGACCCUUCUCACCUUAAAACCGACCCCCUCCUCCCCAAACCCGAGGACGACGCCGACCCCGAGCGCUCGCUGCGGGACCGCCCCGCCGUCAUCCCUUUGGAGCCCCCCCCGGGCCAUUCUCCGCGGGACCCCCGCUGUCACCGGCCCCGAUUCGUCCCCCCUCCUCGGGACGUCACCCUCACCAAACCCCCCUUCGCCCGCAUGGUGCUGUGGAGCCCCGAGGAUCUCCUCCCGCUGCCCAUCCCCGUGCAGGACGUCUCCGUGACCCCCAGCUGCGACCCCCGGCUGCUGCACCGCGCCGACCCCCGGCACCGCGCCGCCACCGCCGACCCCGGGGGCGGCUUAUCAACAGACCCCCCCUCCAAGCUGCCCGAUUUCGAGCUCCUAUCCCGCAUCCUCCAGACGGUGAGCGCCGGCGGAGGCGACAAAACCGACCCGACGGCCGACCGAACCGCGGCGGUCUCCAACGAUGCGCUCUCCGCCGACGCCUUCCCGACUCCCGCCGAGCACAAAGCGAGCGGCACCGACCGCCCCAGCGACCCCCGGGUGCGCAAACCCCCAUCGGACCCCCGGCUGCAGAAAGCUCUGCCCAAAGCCUCGGAGCACGGCGAGGCCGGCGAGGAUGCGGGCGACGCCGCGGGCGACGCCGGUGCCCCCUUGGCGCCCUACGACCCGCGGCUGAGCCGUGGGGCAGCGCAGAGCCGCGUGCUGAGCGCUAUCAGUCUGUACGACCCCCGGGCACCGCCGGGCGGUGACGGCGCGGUGGGACGUGGGAAGGAGCAGCCCUACAGCCGGCGCUCACCGCUGGCGCAGGCGGAACAGCCGGCGCAGGAUCGGUACAACAGCUACAACCGGCCCAGGCCCAGGGGGACGGCUGGGAACAGCGGGGGGGCCGAGGGGGGCGCGGGGGGGGAUGAGACGGACAGCACCGCGUCGCUCAAGGAUGUCUUCAAGGGUUUCGACCCCACGGCGUCGCCCUUUGGGCAGUAGUGGGGGGGUGGGGGG